AGCAAAGCAUUUUAUAUACGAGAAAUGGAGUCUCUCUCCUUCGAACUACCGCUAACACAUCUUCUUUCCAGAUCCACCUUCACUUUCUUCAAGUUCUCCUUCUCAUAAUCAUCUCUCAAAAAACCCAACUUUCUCCCUCUAAAACCCACCAUGUCUUCCUCAUUCAAAUCCCCAAUGACCGUUGUCGGCGGCAAUGGCAACCCAAUUGGCUCAAUUCAUCGCCCUUCCGGCGAGAUACACGUUAUUGUUGGCCCGAUGUUUGCUGGAAAAACCACCGCUCUUCUUCGCCGAAUCAAUUCUGAAGGAAACAAGGGCAGGAAUGUAGCCAUGAUAAAGUCAAGUAAGGAUAACCGAUAUGCGAUAGAUUCAGUUGUGACACAUGAUGGUGCAAAAUUUCCGUGUUGGGCAUUGCCAGAUCUAUCAUCUUUUAUAGAGAAAUUUGGUGAAGAUGGUUAUGAAAAGCUGGAUGUGAUUGGUAUUGAUGAAGCUCAAUUCUUUGAAGAUCUUUAUGAUUUCUGUUUGAAGGCUGCUGACCAAUAUGGGCAAACUGUCAUAGUGGCUGGCCUUGAUGGUGACUAUUUAAGAAAAAGCUUUGGUUCAGUGCUUGACAUAAUACCCCUUGCUGAUACCAUAACAAAGUUGACAGCGAGAUGUGAACUAUGUGGCAAACGUGCCUUUUUCACCUUAAGGAAGACAGAUGACACACAGACAGAGCUCAUAGGUGGUGCUGAUGUAUACAUGCCUGUUUGUCGCCAGCAUUAUGUCAAUGGGCAAUCUGUCAUGGAAGUUGCAAGAAGUGUCUUGGAGUCUCAUAAAGUUCAGAGUGAUCCAAUUCUGAUGGCAGCUCCAGUCAUAUAGUAACAUUUUUGCUUGUUUGAGUCUAGCAUAUUUUCAUGGGCUUUCUGUACCAAUGUGAUCCACUAUCUGUAUAACAUGUUGAAUUUGGACCUUCCAUGGUUGUUUAGCUAUUCUCCCUAUGUAAUUACAAUGAUGUUUCUCGACUUCAAAUAUUUCAAUUGUUGGCAGUUGCCCUUUCAGACUAUGUUUCCAAAUAUGAUAAAGAGAGAGUGAUAUUGUUGAUUCUGUU